AUGGCCAGAACAAAGCAAACCGCUCACAAAUCCACCGGAGGAAAAGCUUCAAGGAAGCAACUGGCGACUAAGGCGGCUAGGAAAUCUGCUCCGACGACCGGAGGAGUGAAGAAGCCUCACAUAUUCAGGCUGGGAAUAGUCACGUUGAGGGAAAUCCGUAAGUACCAUAAGAGCACCGAGCUUUUGAUCAGGAAACUUCCGUUUCAAAGACUAGUAAGAGAGAUUGCUCAUGAUUUCAAGAAGGAUCUGAGGUUUCAAAGCAGUGUUGUGUGUCACAGACCAAGUUUCUGGAAAAUUCCACGAUCGUCUAGAGAACUCUGGAACGAUCAAAUAUGCUCGAGAAGUCUCCAGAGAGAUCAAGAAUGCUCUACGGGACCCUAG